GGGGGGAGGAGUCAGGGACGUGUUAGUAAACACAGCUCCGGGGGACGCCGCGCGUCUGGGGCAGAAGGGCAGCGCAUGUCAUGUCACCAGGCUUUCUUACAAGACGGCAGUUGGAGAAGUAUUGGCUACACCCUGAAGGCAAAAUGCAGAAGAAAUGAUAGCUGUGUCUAAUUCCUCAGCAGAUCCGUGGCAAAAGGAGAAUGCCAACAGCAAUUCCCUUGCCAGCAUAAGCAAUGGAAGCUUGGACCGCUCAAUGACAAUGGUUAAGAGAAGCCGAAGACAGUCUGAAAAUCUCUCUCGCAGAAAUUCCUCGAGGCGUAGCAGGGACAGCCGCAUAUCGAACGGAGAAAUAGCGGAAGCUGUGACUCUGUAUGAGGUGAUCAGCAUUGGGAAAAGAGCAAUACAGUCUGUUGUAGAUGACUGGAUUGAAGCCUAUCAAGAGGACAGGGAUGCAGCUCUACUCGAUCUUAUUAAUUUCUAUAUUCAGUGCUCAGGAUGUCAAGGGGUAGUGACAGCGGAGCUGUUUCAGAAUCCAGUGAACAAAAACAUAAUGCAGAAACUGACUGAAGAGUUUGAUAAGGAAACUGGCCUUCAGUUCAAGAAGUUCAUGGCUUAUCCUUGGAUUCUAACCAUCACCUGGCCAGUCAAUCUGGACACAGAAGAUUACCCUCUAAUCAGGCCAGGAACAUACUGGAAAAAGUUUAAGUCAAACUUUUGUGAGUUCACAUCUGUGCUGGUUCAGCAGUGUCAGUACAGUGUCAUAUAUGAUGGUUAUCUGCUGAAUACCAUUGUUUCUCUGCUUCUGGGACUGUCCGAGUCCUGUGUUAGAGCCUUCCGACACACCAGUACAUUGUCUGCUGUAAAGUUGCUCACUGCACUUAUAAGAGUCAUUCUAAACCUGGAUAUCAAUAUAGACAACUCUGACAGAUUGUAUGAGGUAGAGAAAAAACGAGCCGAUCUCCAAAGGAUAAAUCCGAGGCUUGAGCAACUGGACAAAAGGAGGAAAAAGUUACAACAGAGACAUCGUGAGAUAAAAGAUAUGAUGGAUGCAAUUUUUAAAGGAGCCUUUUUGCAACGGUAUCGAGAUGUUGUUUCUGAGAUUAGAGCAUUAUGUAUAGAAGAAAUUGGUGUGUGGCUGAAAAUGCACCCACAUAUGUACUUAAGUGACAGUUACUUAAAGUAUGUUGGUUGGAUGCUGCACGAUAAGGUCCCAGACGUGCGUCUAAGAAGUUUAAUUGCACUGCAGGGUCUUUAUGAGAAAAAUGAUCUUGUUUCCAAAAUGGAUCUUUUUACAAUGAGAUUCAAGGAUCGCAUUGUAUCAAUGACUUUGGAUAAGGAUCAUGAGGUCGCUGUUCAGUCCAUGAGGCUCCUUGUUCAUAUGUUAAGAAAUUGUGAAGAUUCGUUUACCACUGAGGACUGUGAGACCUUGUACCAGUUUGUGUAUGCCUCUCACAGACCACUUGCUGCAGCAGCUGGAGAAUUUUUAUAUAUAAGACAUUUGGGCCCAGUGAUAGAAACAAUGAGUGCACAGGAGACAGAAAACUCUGAGCACAAAAUAAGUCAGAUGAAGAAGCUUUUGGACUUCUUCCUUGAGAGCAAGUUACAUGACCAUGUGACCUACCUUGUCGACAGCCUCUGGGAUUGCACACCUGGAUUUUUAAAAGAUUGGCAAUGGAUGACGUCCAUCCUUCUGCAAGACGCCACGGAAAACAGAGUUGGUUUGAGUGCAGUUCAGGAGAACUUGCUGGUAGAACUUAUGUUGGCAACUGUCCGACAAGCAGUUGAAGGUCAUCCUCCUGUGGGGAGAGGAGCCGCUAAGAAGGUUCUGUCAGCCAAGGAGAAGAAGGCACAGCUAGAAGACAGAGGGAGAAUUACUGAACACUUUGCAGGAACCCUGCCCUUGAUGUUGGCAAAGUUUUCAACAGAUCCUGAUAAAGUGAUAAACCUUUUGCAAAUCCCCCAGUAUUUUGAUAUAGAUGUAUAUUUUGAGGCCCGUAUGGAAAAACACCUGGAGGCCUUGUUGAAGCAGAUGAAAAGCAUAGCUGUAGGUCACUCAGACCCAGAAGUGCUUGAAGCCUGCUCCAAAACCUACAGCAGUCUCAGUCAUGAAAACCACACAAGCGAGAACUGUCAGGUCAGUGUGUCCAAAAAAGAAUUGAUCAAGCAUCUUGUGGACACCUACAGUCAAAUGCUGCAUGAUGUUCUACAGGAGGGGGAAGAGCCUAUGACUGCAGAAGAUCUGCAUCCUGUGUCCUGCACAGUAAGAAGACUGUCAGCUUUUCACAAUGCUCACAACCUCAGUCAGUGGGAUGUCUAUCAGAAGACCUCGGAACUCCUGACGUUUGAUGUACAACGACAAGGCUUGCCGGCGGAGCUUGUGCUGCCGACUCUCCAGUGCACGUAUUACGCCAUUCUCUGGCAGCUUUUGCCUCUCGUGGAGGAUCCACAUACACAGGAAGAGAAUAGUUUCUAUGCCACUCGGGUGAAACACUUUUGUCAACUGUGUAGGAAAUACUUGGGUCAUAAAGAUCAAUCUGUAAGAGAGCAGGCAUUCCUUUCCCUGUGUGACUUACUUAUGUUACUACAGAAUAGAGGAGGCAGGAUGCUUUGCUGUGUAGAUUCAGUACUGGAAACAGAGAUGCUUUCCUUUGUCCGUCGACAUGUUUUCCAGAAAGAAGAAGAGAAGGACAAAGAUGCAGUUGUGUCCGACACCAGUGAGGACACGACCCUGGUUAUUUUACAUAGGAAGAGGAUGUUGCUGGCUGUUUAUUGCAAGCUGAUAGCUUCCAGCGUAGUGGAAAUGUCCGCAGUUGCCGAGAUUUAUAAGCAGUAUAUGAAGACAUACAACGAUUUUGGCGAUAUAAUUAAGGAGACCUUAAGCCGAACAAGAAAUGUCAACAGGAUAGAGUGCGCAAAAACUCUGGUCCUUUGCUUGAAACAGCUGUUUCUGGAGCAUAAAGAAGCACGUGACAGUGCCACCCAGUCCUCCUCGUCAUUCACUAACAUAAAGGAGCUGGCUCGCCGCUUUUCUCUAACGUUUGGCAUGGACCACGUGAAAUGCAGGGAAUCUAUAGCUAUGAUGCACAAGCAAGGCAUUGAAUUUGCCUUCAAGGAGCCAGCAACAGAGGACAGUCUUUCUCCACCUAAUCUACCAUUCCUCAUGCUGAUCAGCGAGUUCUCCAGCAAACUCCUCAGAGCCGACAAGAGACUGGUGUAUGGCUAUCUACAGAGAUUUGCCAGUGAGCAGAUGAUGCUUUCUAAAGGAGCAGGAUGGCAUCCUCUUAUUCUGUACAGUAAUUCGUUGCUAGAUAAUCAUGAUGAAGAAAGCUCUUCAUGUGGAAGCUACUCUUCUAGAGACCAUGUGAUUUCUAGCGCACCUCAACAUUUAAAGAGGAAAUCAAUGUAUGAACAUUUUCCAGGAAGAGGUCCGACGCAGAGGAAUGCAUUUGAUGGUCAGGACCCCCAUUACCCUACUAAAAGCAAGAAGCAGAAUGCACUCCACCUGCUCCCUGCAGAAGGCACUAUAGUAUUGAACAGUGGUCUAACAUCUCAAGAUACGGCUGUGGAUGAAAACAAUGAAGAGGUUGAGGUUGAUGAAAUAGAAACAGACUAGGUUACCUAAAUGGAAGUGCAGUGAAGCAAUGUGAAAAUACACCCACCUAAUGCUAGAUGUGUUCCCACUUCUACUGCCGCUACAGUCUGAAUGCAGCUAUACAAGUAACUUGUAGGUGUAUUCCAGGACCUCCAUCUCAGUAUAGACCGUCAGGUAAUCCAGACUGGACCAUGAACAAAUGCUGUUUCUAUGGUUUUCUUUACGCUGCACCUAUGUAGUGUGAUUUAAUCUUCCUCUGUUGCAUAUCAGGAGGGGAGGGAUUGCGGUUUCUCAUUGA